CGGUAACGACAAAAAAGAUGUAUCUGCCGUAAAAUAUAGAGAAGAAGAAGUCUCUAACAACAAAUCAGUGACAUUAUGUAGCGCAUAUAACUGCUCUUUUUGAGUAUUAACUCAUUUAACUGGAUUGUUAAUCUUAUUUAGAGGAGGCGUUUUGUAGUUCUGGUUGAAAGCUAGCCCAGCCACAUAUUUUUGUCUUUCUGUUACUAUUAGUUAAUGCUAGUCAACUGUGGCUGGCUGCUAGCUUUCUGGCUAACAACAGCUAGCUUAAUCAAAUCUUCAGCGCUGGGUGUAAGAAGAUGGACUCCACCGUCUUCGCGGCCCUUUCCAAAGGUGACCCUUUACCUCUGGCAUCGUUGCGCCUACUUGUCCCACCCCUCCAGCUUAUGACAGCAUCCAUGUGGCAGGUUCUGAAGAAACAAGAUGUCAUGAACUACUGGAAAGUGGCAGAGCAUGUCUCUUUGAUGAUGGACAUGGUCCCAGAGCUGCUCAUGUACAAGCACAGGAUGCAACUUAAUUUGGGAUUAAGGGCCAGGUAUAUUCUUGAGUUGUGCCGAGGUGAACAGCUCCAGGAGCCUGAAUUCAUUUUGUCUCACCUGGAGAAAAUGAAGCCUCAACAUCCCACUCUGAUGAAAGAAUCAGGAGAGGAGGAGGUAGCAAUUAACUUUCUUGAUCUGAUCCAGACUCUGCUCAAAGAUCCUGAAGAGAGACAAGAUUUUUUCACGGAGGUCUUCCCUGCUGAGUAUGGCCCUCAGUAUGACAGUGAUUUGCAGACGCUGUUUUCGGAGUUCCUCUUUCGGCUGGCUCAACUGUUGCCAGUUCCUGACCUCGAGCAGACAGUUUCCUGGCUUGAAGCGAACUGCUCUGUGUUAGAGGAUUGUGUGAAUUCAAUCUCUGAGCAUACAGACCUGCUAAAUUUGCUCCAGCACCACAAAAACCUUGGCCAUUUAGAACAACAUGUUCCACCUUCUAGCAUGGGCGACAGGAUCCUCUCCUCCCUCUCUGCAGUUCCCACUAGCAGAAUGACAAAACCUACAGAACUGCCCAGCCAAUUGGAGUCACUGCAAGGCCUCAGUGAUGAGACGCACACUGUAUCGUUCGUGGACAAUGUAGCAGUUGAAAUAAUCACAGUGACAGAUUAUGCAGAAGUUGAAUUAGGCACAAGCACUGACAUCGAGGUGGUGAUCGGAGAAAACUGCUGUGAAGGAACAGACACUGACACAGUGGCUGAAGAUUCACUGGUGGUGCUUCCUGAUAAGGCAACCAGGGAAGAGGAAGAAGUUGUUGAAGCAAGGGAAGAAGAAACGCAAGAAAAGUCUGGAAGUGGUUUGACAAACAUCAUCCUUCCAGAAGUAAACUCGGAUGACGUAGCGUCCUCCCAACACAAAAUCUCUCUGGGACCCCAUGACUGCCCGGAGUGCAAAAAGAAAUUUAAGUUUGCCUCUUCUCUAAUUGCCCACAGGGUCAUCCACACUGGUGAACGCCCCCACCACUGCAGUGACUGCGGUCGCCGCUUCUCUUUCAGGCAGUCCCUUGACAGGCACAGAAACACUCACAAAACUGGACGCAAGUACAACUGCGCUGUCUGCGGGGAGACCUUCCAUUCUUUGUCAGCCCGCACAGAGCACAAACAAACACACAUGCAAGAUGGCGUUUACACGUGCCAUCUGUGCAACAAGAAAUUCAACUGGGAGCUGGCACUUGCAAGACACCUGAAGUCUCACACUGAUUGUCACAUUGCAGGCAAACCUACAGAGAGCCAUAAAGAUGACCAAGAGGUUGCUGUAGGUGGUGAAAGUGCCGACGAGACUCCUGUUACGCCUUCUGAACCUGACUGCCAGGUGCAGGCAGAUGAUAAUGGUGAUAGGGAGCCGGAGAGUGCAGAGGUUCAGAGCAGUGAACAUCCUGUCCCUGACCCUAAAGGCAUAACCUCUGAACUUGACAAUAAAGUCAUUUCCUUGGUGAAGGUUCGCACAAGUGGGCGCAAACGCAAACCUACCAUGAAGAUCCAAGUGAUAAAUUUACAGAAGCGAAUGGCAACUAAAGGAAAGAAGCAGCUCACUAAGACGAGCCCUCCAGAGCUGAAGCCUUCAUCCUUCAGCUGUACGGAGCACUCUUAUGGGUCAUCUUUGGUCUCAUCAAAGGACAGUCAUGAAAGUUCUGUAGCAGAUGGUUCCUCAGCUGCGUUCUCCUGCCCUAAGUGCUCCUUCAACCACUCUGAAGAAGCACAAAUCGAGCAGCACGUUGACAACGUUCACUCUGUUGAGACUGAGGAUGACAAGCUGUCUCCUCAGACCUUCGCAGAUGAAGAGGGACGUUUUACUUGUCCAGACUGUGACAAGAACUUCAAGUUCCAAUCCUUACUAAAAGCCCACCAGCGCAUCCACACAGGCGAGCAGCCCUUCCUGUGCUCUCAGUGCGGACGGAGGUUCUCCUUCAAACAGUCACUGGAGAGGCACAAGCAGACACACAAAUCUGGGCGCAAGUAUGAGUGCCUGAUCUGUGGCGAGUUUUUCAAAUCCCUAGUUGCUCAGAGGGAGCACAAGAACUCCCACAUGGAGAAUGGCGAGUACCUGUGUUCAGAGUGCGGCCGGGCAUUUGCGUGGAAGUCGGCACUGGUGAGACACCUGAAGACCCACGGCAAGGAUGCUGACAAGGUGGAGCGUUCUUACAAAUGCCCUCGCUGUGACCUGGCCUUCAGCUGUGCCAGCUACCUCAACAAGCACCUUCAGACUCACAGAGAGGAAAGGGUGCACACCUGCAACUGUGGAAAGAGCUUCGCCUACCGGGCAGCCCUCACGGCACAUCAACGCAUCCAUCAAAAGGAGCGGCCGCACACAUGUAUGCAGUGUGGGAAGGGAUUCCUCUACAAGGGUGGGUUGCUGAGUCACAUGAAGAUCCACUCUGAGGAAAUGCCUUUCAUGUGCUCUUUCUGUGGUAAGAGCUUCAAGAGGGAACGGAGCAUGAAGAAGCACGAGCGCUACCACACCAGGGAAAACGUUUUCAGCUGCUCACAGUGCGACAAGAGUUUUGUCUAUAAGGCAACUUUGAUCAGACACGAGCUGACUCAUUCAGGGGAAAGGCCGUACCUCUGCUCCGACUGUGGGAAGGGCUUCUUCUCCCACGCUGAGCUCCUGAAGCACGAGCGCUUCCACACUGGUCACAAGCCCUUCCAGUGCCCUCACUGCGGCAAGAAAUUCACCCAGUCUUGCUACUUGACCAUCCACCUGCGUUACCACACCGGAGUUCGGCCGUAUUCCUGCACAGAGUGCGACAAGAGCUUCCUCAGCGCCAACCGCCUGAAAAGGCACCAGCGAACGCAUUCGGGGGAAAAACCGUACCUGUGUGUAGAAUGUGGCAAGGGAUUCAGGCAGUCAUAUAAUCUGAAAAUGCAUCAACGAACUCAUAUCAUGAAGUUAACAGAAUAAAUUGAAAUUACUGACCAGGAGAUAAAUACUUUGAAGGUUUAAAGUGUAUGCAAUUAGUUUAGAUUGAGGAAAAAGCUACUAUUGAUGGAAUAUAGCAGUGAUCUGCAUUUAGUAUACCCACGUUCCAAGGUUCAUGAAUGAAUAUUUUUUUCCCCAUUAUACUGAAAGCAUUUGAUUUCCAGGUUGUUUUGAUUAAAGCACACUUAGCAGAGUAA